CGAGUUUUGCCGAAGCGGAAAAACGCGUACGCGGGCAGACGCUCGACCCACAGGCCCGAGAUCUCGAUCCACGUGGUUUUGUCCGGCAGCCGGUCCAGCGACGUCAGCACGCUCGUCUGGAAGUGACCGCUAGGACGCUCCUACGGGAGAGAAACGGUUACAGGGAUGCGCGAAACGCGGCAGCGAGGUGAACGGGCUCUUUCGCGCCGGUUACAUGGUUUGCUCGGUCGUUUCAUUUCUCCGACGUUGGCUGCAUUAGCCGUGCAAUCGAUCACGUACCGCGCGCGAGUUUCGGCGAUCUGACAAUGAACCAAUCGGACGAAACUCCGUGAUCACGUGAUCCAUCGCUGAACUUCGCGUUCGAACGGGGAUCGACAUUUCGUGGCUCGCGAGUGCCGUUGAAACGAGGUCUCGGUUUCGCGCGUUAUUGUCGAUUUUCCGCGUGUCGGUUGCGUAACCCUCGUUGGCCGUGCGUGCGGAAUUGCAUCGACUAAUAACUGCCGGGAAAAAGAAGCAAAAGAACGCGCGCGCAAAAGUAUAAGAGCAUCGCGAGUCACGUGACUCGCGCAUCCGCCACAUGUCGCGCGCGAGUUUUGCUGAAGCGGACGCGCGUGCCGGUUGUGCCGCGACAAGCGUUUCCCCGCUCGCGUCCCGUGCGUUGCACUGUUUACAUGUCGCGUUUGGCUUUCGGUGAUCGUCGCGAUGCGAACCCGCGUGUCUUCAUUAAAGCUUGCGGGAAGGAGCCGUCGAAAGAGGACAUCGACGCCCUGGGAUAUUUGAGGACUCGUGGUAUUGCUGAGAGCGCAACGUCUCUUUCCUAUGAGGCUCGAAGCGGGAUGUCCGUGGGUUCGGGCGGGCGGGCACCGUUUAAACGGACCACGCAAAAUAAUCCGCCGCUUACGAAGAAGUCUAGCGGAAAUCAGGCGAAGCCAGCGAAGGAACCAGCAGCAUCAGCUGCAACAGCGAAACCAGCGACGAACACGGGACGAAAAAGAGACACGGUUGCAUCGCUCUUCAGCGCGAAAAGACCGACGAGCAGAAAAGUCGAGCGUACCAUCAGCCGAGGAAGGGAAGCGGUGAAACCAGGAGACCAGCAGCUAAAAGGACAGCCCAGUCAGCAACAGCAAUCGGCGCAGCAACAGCAAUCGGCGUCGCUGCGCCAGGCGCCGAGCGCCUCCUCGUUGGAGGCGAAAAGCGACGUUUCGCCGACCGGCAAUAAUUGGGCCGGCUCCCUGGGCAACAAGGAGCCGGCCAGGCCCAACGCCAAAGCGGCGACAACGGCGAAGGGCCCUGCCAAGGCCUCCAGGAUGCAGGAACUGGAGCGCGAGAUCGAGGCCUUGCGCAAGGAUCGUGCAAGACUGGAAGCAAACCUGCGUGAUGCCGCCUCCGAUGCCCAGAACUUGCGCGAGCUACGAAUUGAACUUGCCUCCCUCAAGGAGCAGCACAGCCUGGAGUUAGAACGUCUCACGGAGGAGAACGAGGCCCUUCGCGUUCGCUUAAGGGACGUGGCACAUUCUCCGCUGUCAGAUUCGGAGAAGCAACAGUUGCUGCUGGAUGCCUCGAGGCUCCACAACUCUGCACCGGCCUCUAUUGCUAUUCCUCAGGAUGAAGGCUCCACGAACAAUACCGGUGCUUCUCAGGAAGGAGCGCAGUGUACCACACCAGACUGGGACAAGCACUCCUCCAGCUCAAUAUCGGAGGUUUCCGUUGCGUGUUUGCAGGAUAGAAUCCUGCAAAUGGAGGAAACGCAUUAUUCCACGAACGAGGAGUUGCAAGCAACUAUUCAAGAAUUGAGCGACCUGCAGGCGCAACUAACAGAACUGCAAGCUGAUAACGAGAGGCUAACAGAGGAGAAGGGAGUCCUCUUGGAGUCGCUGUGUCGUCAGACGGAAAAAUUGGAAGAUUCACGAUCUAAAGUCGACACGUUACAGGGACUGCUUUUAAGGGAGGAACAGCCGCAAGAAGCAUCUAAGGGUUACAACACGGAGAGGGAGCAGAAAUUGGUAGAUCUCUUGAAAAGCGCGCAAGAGGAACGAGAGGCUCUGCUGCAAAAGCAAGAGGAACUAACUAACGAACUGAAGAGUCUGAGAGCCACCGCUGACGCUAGCGCGACGGAAACGGAACGCUUGACGAAAUGUGUCGAAUUGCUAGAGGCGACGGUGGACGCAGCGAACGUCGAACGGAAACAGCUAGACAUGGAAUUGGCUGAAGCCAGGCAGGAGGGCGCGAAUCGCAGCAUAGAAAUCAGCAGGCUAGCGACCCUGCUGGAGAACGCGCGUGCCAAGGUCGAGGAGUUGGAGCAGUCGAGGCAGCUGGAGAACAAGAGCGAGGCGGAAGAGUUGCUGGAUGCGGCCAGACGGGAAAAGGACACGCUGGAGACGCAGACGGCGGCACUGCAAGAGCAGUUGGCGCGCUCACACUGCGAUCACGAUCGACUGAGAGAUCAGUACUCGCAGCUGCAGGAGGAAUAUAAGGUAGCCCGCAACAACGCAAAGUCCGCCAUCGACGAUUUAGAGUACAGAUUAAAUCAGCUGAAGGACGAGCGGCUAUCUGUGGGCACGGAACUGCAACUGGUUCGAGACUCCCUGUCAGAAUUGCAGGAACAGUGCCAGCGACAUUUGGAGGACAAAAGGGAGCUGAAGGCUACACUGAGCGAAACACAGCGAAGGGAACGCGAGGCGCAAACUCGCUUGUACGAGUUGGAGCGCGCAUUAGCCGAGGAACGUAAACUGAGACAAGAUGAGAGCGCAGAAUGGGAACAGUUCCAGACGGAUCUGCUAAUGACCGUGCGAGUCGCCAACGACUUCAAAACUGAGGCCCAGAGCGAGCUAGAACGCGUCGUCAUGGAGAACAAGGCGCAAAGAGAUAAGCUUAGAGUGUUGGAGGCGCAGCUCGAAAAACUUACCAAAGAUAGCACUGCAGUGAGUUAUUGCAAGGCACUCGAUACUACAAACGGGAAUAAACGGAAAACGACGAGCGUUAUAUUGAAACGCGGUCGGACGAUAAAGAGGCGUUACGAUCAGAAGAAGCACGCGUUACGAAAUAGCGUGCUGCAGAUGGUGGCGAACAACCGAGAUUUACAGAAAGCGAGAUCCGAGGACGCCAAUAUCGUUGUCGUCUCUCCCAGUCUCCCGCAGAGUGGAGUCGACUUGCUGAACGGUAACGCGAACACUGCGAUCGGUGCAACUCCACUCAAGGAAGUUAUCAAAUUGGAAGACAAACUGAUUUCCGGCGAGGAGAUUGAAUUGUGUCCCGCCUUUUACGUUGGUGGAUGGUAUACCGAAUGCAAUUCGGGUAAAGCAGACGAACGUUCGACCGACGAGAAGCAACCAACAAAAGUAACGAAAAGCGAAUCUUCCAAAUUCUAUUUAGAUUUAGAUGACUUAAAAUCGGACAACAGUCACAGUCCGACUAUUGGACGUCCACUCCAAGCAGUGGAUAAAUCUCCAGAAAUCACGAAGGAUUACUCGAAACUGUACGUUACCGUUACGAACGCGUCGGAUAGUAACGCAAUGGCCAAAAGUUCCUUGUUAAAGGAUAUUCGCGGCAUACAAAGCGCCGACGGAGAUUCGUAUGGCAUUAACAUUUCGAACAGUCGAUUUUUCGUGCCGAAGGAUUACAUAUUUUCUGGCGUCGAGUGCGCGAUGAACGAUUUGAAGUUUGAGGUAGACCCGGAAAUGGGAAAGCUACUUCAGAGAAGCUACAGCAGUCCACAGUUCAGCACAGGCUCGUCUGCUCUGAUUAACGUCGAAAUACGUCCGUCCUCUUUGGAUAGUGCAGCACUAAAUGCGACCAAAAUUUUAACCGCGUCGAACAAUCCAAACCGACGCGAAGAUUCAUAUUCUAAGUGUUUGAGAGCGCUUCCGGACACGUUGCCCGUGAGUUUAAGGUCAAAAGAGAGCGACAAGUCCGAACGAAGGCUGUUCCUGAAAAAGCGCGAAUCAAAACCAAGUUGCGAGAUAAUCGACAACCUUUUGGAUGAAACGAAUUUAAAGUCGAAAGCUCCUGCAGCGUUGCAAGGUGAAAGUCGUACCGAAUCGUUAGAAAGGCUCGAUGGUCGUGAUAGUGUACAGGGAGAUAAAAAAGAAUCGCAUGGAACGAAGUAUAAAAGUCAUAAAACUUCCCCCAAAACGAGUGUAUUUCUGAAAAACGAAACGGAGCGUGAAAUAUCGCAAAAUAAUCGAACAUCAACAGCAAAACUCGUGACUAAUGACAACGAAAUUACGACGACAUCUGCAUCCAAUGUAUUUACGUUUGACGACAUAAAAAUUUCUGAUACAUUCGCGGAAUCAAAAGCUUCGCCUAACACGAAUCCUGAAGUAGAUAUAAAAUCACCGAGAUCCAUGAAAAGUGUAAAUAUUGAUUUAAAGAAAACCAAAAUUCCUUGCAGUAUAUUAAAUGAUUCUUUAAAAAAGCGAAAAUUACAUCCACUCUCUUCUAAAGUGUCUUCUGAAGUUUCGUCUACAUCAAAAUGUCUCUCACCGAUCACAGUUACUCCAGUAUGCGCACCAAGAAAAGUAUUCAUGACCAAGAAAAGUGCUCAUUUGGGACAAACAAAGAUCCCUGAGCUGCUCGAUCCUUCCAUUAAUCCAGAGCAGCAAGUCGAAGCUCCAGCGUGUAACAAAGAAUCGCAACGAUCAGCAUCUUCAUACUCCAGCGAGACGAAUCGAUUGAAUCGCAUGAGAUUUCUGCAAGAUAGUUUACAAGCUGAUGACGCAAACGGAGAUGAGUCUCGGAUCGAAGAAGCUUCCACUGACAGUAAACUUUGCGCGACGAACGCAACGAAGGAGGAAUCUAAGCCCUCGCAAAGUAUCGCGGACUCGGAAUCGGUCUGCAAGAAGCACGUUCUACCGGUGGGACGGACGUUUUCCUUGAGAGAAAAGUUUGAGACGAUCGUAGAAGACGUGGAAUUUCGGACGGCGCCGGGACGGCGCUCGCAGAUAGACAAAUCUUGCGACCCUAACCAGAAAAUGAUACAGCAACCGCCUCCUAGGCCGGCCAGCACACCGACGGAGACACAACAGUCCGUACUGACGAGCGUGCAACAGGAAAUCGCUGCUCGUAGGAAGGCAAAUAUUUCGCGCCAGGACUCGAGGCUUUCUGUAAAAUGUUUGAUCGAGAGUAUCGAGAAUGCCACAAAACAAGCUAAAACCGGACCCGGAAGUCGUAGCAGUUCCACGUCGUCACUUAAUUCAAUUGGGACUACGGAUAUUAUGUCUUUAAAGGCUCCCCUCAGGGAUCAACAACAAAUUAACAAUUUAAUCUGUACAGCGAAUUCGACAAAUAAUAAUAAAACGCAAUCUACAAUCGCAAAGAAACCAAUAUCAGAAAUAAAAUCAGCGUCGGUAGUUCUGAGUCCAGGUGAACUGUUAGACUCGGCUGCCUUGAAUGCCAAGGCGAUCGACUUCGUGCGCCGAAAUAGCGUAACCGAUCUGUCGGAACGUAAAGAUCCUCUGUGCGGUUUGGUCAAGAACGGCGGGUCCAAGCGUAACGCUUUGCUCAAGUGGUGUCAGAACAAGACGGUAGGGUAUCGGAAUAUUGAUAUAACUAACUUCAGCAGUUCCUGGAACGACGGUUUAGCAUUAUGCGCGAUUCUGCACUCCUACCUACCGCGCAAGGUGCCGUACGACACGUUGACACCGGUCGAGAAGCGGCGCAACUUCUCGAUUGCCUUCUCCGCUGCCGAGAGCGUUGGCAUACCUACUACUUUGAACAUUGGUGAAAUGUGUCAGCUCGAGCGACCUGACUGGCAACAAGUAAUGACGUACGUGACCAGCAUUUACAAGCACUUUGAAACGUAACUGACCACCGUCCCACAUCGUAUUGCCUGUCCGGCGACACGUCCUACCGUACCCAUUGAACGCUCUUGGAGUCGCGAGCCGAGCGAGAAACAAAAACAAGAGCAUCUAGUCAAGCAAAUUCUAUAGGACAAAAACGAAAAAAUAUGCAGCAGGAACGUCUUGAGAUUUAUAUCGAGGAUCGCUGAAAUCAGCACUGUCUACUAAUUAUAUCCCCUUGUUGUACGCGCUGUAUAUAAUUUCGAGUCGUAUGACGUAUGGCCGAUAUGAUGGAGUAUAUGCAGAGUGUUCGAUGGAGGACUAAACACCAAAUGGAAUUGCUGUUACUAUGAGACUGAAAAACUUUGUAUACACGUAUACACACGCGCUUCGUAGAGACACACACAUCGCAUACUAAAUGAAAGCAAGAACAUUUUCGCGUAUUUUAAACAAGAGAGAAAGGAGCUGAGAGCUGAUGACCACACAAGCUUCGAAGAGUAUAGAGUCCUCUGCAAGGCGAAGAUAAUUAUGCGCAACGUUACUCAGGCGAAACCCACGCGUUGUGCGUCGCGAACGGUGUACACACACGCACGCAUGCAUUGCCUCUGCAUCGUGGUAGUCUUUUGCACCGUUUUUGCAAAGAACAAGUCGAAUCGAGUAUUUGCGUUCCUCGUACCGUGAGUAUUUUUCUACGUGUAUUAUUUUUCGAGACUUUUUCUAGAGUUUAUAAAAUAUAACGAAUAUUGUACAGAAUCGAAGCGCCUUAAUUUAAGAUACCUAAUUUAUUGCAAUUAGUCGCAUUAGCGUCCUUACCGAGCGGGGAGCACCACCUCCGCUCCCGAGGAAAAGAAAAAGGAGAAUAGUUUUGCGUUUCUACUUUGCAAGCAAGUAGAGAGAAGGCGGAUGAAAAUAAAAUCGUGUCGCGCGAAGGUUUAAGUUCUCUGUGAUAUAGCAAGAUAGCCCCGAACAGAGAUACAAAAAAAAACGUUAUCGUUAUUGCUAUUACUAUUACGCUAUUACCGCUAUUAAUCGUCCUCAUCGUCGUUGUUGUACCAUUGUAGACAAUACGGAUACCGCUGUCGGAUAUAAAAGAAUAAACUUGCCUAAUGGAUAUUUAAUA